CCGUACCGUACUGGGAGCGGCAAGGAGCGACAAGUAGAGCGGGAGCAGAGCGGGAGCAGAGCCGGAGCGCGCGCCGAGCCCCCGGCUGCAGUGCGAGCGUCCCGGGUCCCGGCAGCACCUCGCAGGACCCUCCGCCCCGCGCCGGGCAGAGCCCGCCCAUGAAGCCGCCCGCAUCGCAGGGCAGCCCCGCGGCCGCCGCAGCCGCAGCGCCGGCCCUGGACUCCGCGGCCGCCGGCGACCUGACGGACGCGCUGUGCGAGUUCGACGCGGUGCUGGCUGACUUCGCGUCGCCCUUCCACGAGCGCCACUUCCACUACGAGGAGCACCUGGAGCGCAUGAAGCGGCGGAGCAGCGCCAGCGUCAGCGACAGCAGCGGCUUCAGCGACUCCGAGAGUGCAGAUUCAUUUUACAGAAACAGCUUCAGCUUCAGUGAUGAAAAACUGAAUUCUCCAACAGAUUCCACCCCGGCUCUGCUCUCUCCCGCCGUCACUCCUCGGAAAGCCAAACUAGGAGACACGAAAGAGCUAGAAGACUUUAUUGCUGAUCUUGACAGAACAUUAGCAAGUAUGUGAGAAAAGGAGAAGUUCUGGAUCCUUUCAUCAUAAGGGAAAAGCUUCAGAAAGCUCCAAGGACCUGGUAAAAUCAGCUACAGAAUUUGCUGCCAGAAGGAAUAGAGAUGAGCACCCGCCUACCACCAGGCCAUUCCCAGCUGGUCCUAAAACUAGCCUUUGGGCUCAUCCUUGAGCAAUUUCGACAGUGAAACUGACUUUGUUUACCUGCUUGCAGCAUAUUAGAGCAGACCACUCAUGCUAAUAUUGUAUUUCUCUUAAACGAUGGCUUUCAUGUAAUUUAAAGUGCUUUUAUGAAAAUAUUUGUAAUUAAUUAUAUAUAGUUGGAAACAGUGAUAUGCUUUCCUCAGUAUAAUAUAUUUUUGUAUGCAAAUAAAAUUUGAACUGGAAUCUG